AAAGAUGAGGAUCACAUGUAGACCGUUGUAAACAGGCCCAGUAAGGAUUGAUAAUGAUACAAUGUCACGCUCACACUAAUGAAGAUGGACAAUGUACGAGGAAUGUUGGGAAGACACGAUAUAGACACAGAUGUUAGAAUUGCCGUCAUGUUAUAAAAUACUUAAGAGGUGGCAGUUUAAAGUGGGCCUGGUCACGGUCUGAUGACCAAUGACGUCAUUACUGAAGACGUAACUACUUCAGAAUCGACAAAUUUGAGAAAAUUUAACAAGUGCAGGGAAACGGAAUAGAUGGCAGUUCUCAACAUGAGUCUCGACGAGAAGCUUGUCGCUCUAAACGAUGACGUCACAAGAGCAUUACUUCCGGUCAUUAUAAUCAUCGCCUGCCUGAUGUUUAUUGGUUUUAUAGGAAAUCCGUUGGUCAUCUAUUUUUACGGAUGUCGGACAAAGACAACGCCAUCGUACAUGUUCAUCGUCACUCUUGCUAUCUUUGAUAUGAUUUCGUGUACUAUAUCAAUGCCGUUUGAGAUUUAUGAACUUUGCCAUUUUUAUACAUUUGACAGUCCGGAAGCUUGCCGCACACUCCGCUUUAUAAAUUACUUUGCGAGUAUUGCUUCCGGCGCAACCCUGAUAGCCAUUGCUGUGGACAGGUAUCGUAAAAUUUGUAAGCCUUUUGACAAACAAAUCAGUAUCAAACUUGCAAAAGUCAUAAUAGUUCUUGUGGUCAUGUUUUCUUUACUGACAUCUUGGCCGAGUUUGGUAUUCUACACUGUGGUCCGUGUAAAUGUAACUGAAGACCCCGAACUUGUGGGGUUCGACUGCACCACAAGACGGGAUGACGAUUUCAAAAGCUACAUUACAAUAUACAACCUUAUUUUAUUUCCGAUUUUCAUUAUUUCAAUCAUUGUUCUCGUCGUUCUUUAUAGCCUUGUUGGUAGACAAUUGUUUCAAUUAAAAAACUUUCGAUUUUACUCUACCAAGAGAAGUUCACUCUCUCCAGUAAAAUCAAACAAAAGUGAGGCCAUGACGAUGUCCAUCAGCCUUCCAUCUCCAAACAAAGAUAACAGCAAGGGAGAUAAGUUUGCCCCCAACAGACCACUGUCUCUUUCACCAACAGACCUUGAAUCCGAUAUAAAGCGAAAAGUUACGGAAAAUGACGGCGCUGUUGAAUUUGAUGACAUCUCCACUCCGGAAGAAAUCGAAAGAAAACGAGUGGAAACGAAGAUCAGUUUUGAUACAGCCUCUUCACCUUCGUCUGACACAACAGGCAGUGCUGGUGGAGCGGUUACAUCAAAGAAGAUUAAUUCAUCUUCUGGUUCUGUGAAAGACAAGAAACUAACAGCACAGAAUAUAAACACGAAGAGAUAUACUAUCAUUACAUUAUCGAUCAGCAUCGCAUUCGUACUGAGUUUCCUCCCUUACUUGAGCCUCGUGACCUGGCGAACUUUGGCGAGCGAUUACGAACCUAAUUUGCUCUCCGAAUCCGCCAUGGUAGCGUUUCAGCUUUUCCUGAGGUCGUUUUUGAUCAGCAGCGCCAGUAACCCCGUCAUCUACGGGUUCCUUAAUACAGAGUUUAAAGAAAUGGCCCUGAGAGCAUUAAGGAGACUUUGCUGUUUCUGUUGUGUGAAAAAAGAAACAAAAGACAUUUCUAGGUCUGAACUGAGCGGACACACUGGAUCUACAUGAAUCGCUCGAAUUCAAAAUUUAUGUGAGUUUGGCUUUAAAUCAUUAUGGAGAUUUGGUCCCUUAAUCAAACAUUAGAAUGGUGCUGUCUUUUUUUAUGUUGUCUUUAUUGUUGUCGGCUUUUUAAGUCACAAACACACAUGUUGAAAUGAUGUCACUUCCAGUCUAAUUAUGGUGUUUACUGAAAUGUCUAAGUUUGUGGUGUGAAUAGUCCGGAGCAGUUCUAUAUGUUUGAAAUGUGCAAUAUGACAUGUAU